UACACACAGCAAGAGUUGAUGAAAUGAGAGAAAGUCCAAGGACGUCAGAACAGGAUGAUCAACUAAGAAAUUUUAGAUCAAAAGGAGCCCUGGGUUUUCAGCAUCCAGUGAGACUUUAUUUGCCCAGGUCCAAAUCCCUGAAGUUCCUUAGCAACAUCGGAGAGCAGGUUCUGGCCAGUUUCCCUGUGCAAGCUACAAUUCACUUCUACAACGAUGACAUCGACUCCGAGGAGGAUGAAGAGGAGGUCGUUUCAGCCCAAUAACCAACAGCAGUUAGCCUUGGACAAACACAUGAACAGAAAAAGCAAGGGACAAAAAAGGAUCUGUAAUGCACGUGUGGACAAACAUCUAACUGAAUGAAGAAACGCAUCAAAGAGUGUUGAAAACUGUUUAUUAUAAAGGUCUUGCCAAAAAGAAUGAGUCAGUGCAACUGGAAACAAGGUGGAAAUCCGUUUGCCUUCUUGAGAAACUUUUAAACCUC